AUGCCUCGCUCCAAACGUGCCAGAGUCGUCCACGAGUCCAAGACCACCAAAAAAUCUCAUAAGGAACACACCCGGCGGUUGUAUGCAAAUAUCCGCGAAUGUGUUGAGAAAUAUGAUCACCUGUUCGUCUUCGGGGUCGAUAACAUGCGAAACACCUACUUGAAAGAUGUGCGCACCGAGUUUGCAGAUAGCCGUCUCUUCUUCGGUAAAACCAAAGUCAUGGCCGUCGCUCUAGGCCAGAACCCUGAAUCCGAAGCUGCCACGAAUCUGCACCGCCUCUCGUCCUAUCUGACCGGUGCCGUCGGUCUCCUCUUCACUUCGCGCGAUCCGCAAUCGGUGAUCGAGUACUUUGAAAACUUCCGUCCUCUUGACUUCGCUCGUGCAGGUACCGUUAGCACUCGCUCGUUCACCAUCCCCGCUGGCCUCGUGUAUUCUCGUGGAGGCGAUAUCCCCGCGUCGGAGGACGAGCCGGUCAGCCACACAAUCGAGCCCGAACUGCGCAAACUGGGUGUCCCCACCCGUCUGGUGAAAGGCAAGGUCAUGCUGGAGUUGACCGAGGGACAGGAAGGGUACCCCGUGUGUCGAGAGGGCGAGACUCUGGAUUCGCGACAGACGACGUUACUGAAGAUGUUUGGUGUGGUUAGCUCGGAGUUCCAUGUUGCUUUGAAGGCAUACUGGACUCGGGAAUCGAGUGAAGUGAAGAUCCUGGAGAAGCGUCAGGGAGAAAUGGAGGUAGAUGGUCAGUAA